AUGAGGUUCAUGGUGGCGGCAGCGCUGCUGCUGCUGGUGUCGCUGGCUGCGGCGGCGGCGGCGGCUACGACCACAUCGGACAGCAGCGGGACGCCGUACAGGGAGAGGAGCGAGGAGGAGAUGCGGCGGAUCUUCACGGAGUGGUCGAGGAGUUACCGCAAGACCGACACCUCCGCCGCUGAGGAGGAGCGUCGUUACGCCUUGUUCUGUCACUACCUCCAACGCAUCGAUCUCCAUUGGCACAACGCCGGCUACCCUGCCUGGUCCUGGGACAGGGAGAGGAGCGAGGAGGAGGCGCAGCGGAUCUUCGUGGAGUGGAAGGCUAGGAACGGCAAGAGCUACAGCUCCAUUGCCGAUGAGGAGCACCGCUACGCAACGUUCAAGGACGCCCUACGCGAGGUCGACCGGCACAACGUCGGCUACACUUUUGGGGUCCAUGAUAGCAUUGUUGGCAUCAGCAAUCUCGCCGACCUCACCCAUGAGGAGAUCAAAGUCGUCGAGGAGUUACGUGCUUAG